UCUCUCUCUGUCAAGGCCAUUGCAUUAGGUCAUUAUGCAGGUAAAUGCUUCUGUUUGCAUCACGAGCCCCUGCAAGCAAGUCACCUUUAAAGCCAUUAACUGUGGAUGCCACUGGACGACCCAAAGCACGGCUAUCCACACCAAGAAUGAAGUUUCUCAGAUUCUUUUUACUGUCGAUGAUCGAUGUCCUAUGCGUCUCGUAUAUUUUGUUUCAAGAUGUGGAAGGCAACAUCAUGACAAGCAAUGCUACGAACUCCAGUAUAAAAGACGAACAAGCGAUUAGGGCAUUACUCCAAAUGCUGACAAACCCGUACACUCCCACAAAGGUGCUUUCAAGCCGCUUUCAUUGGGUGAGACCAAAUCACUUUCACUUCGACCCCGAGAAGAAACUGCUACGGAAUUUGGACACGGGAAAGGCAGUGGACUUGGGAAAUGCCACGGCGAUUGGGAAGAAGCACCAGUUCGUGUGGUAUAACAAGGAGCAUCGCAGGACAGUUAUGGAACUCACUGACAAGUUCGAAAGUGCCAAGAAUCCGUGGGAGAUAUUUUCUAUUACACAAGCUCUGAGGGAUUCUAUCAACACGAGAGUUUUCGUUACAGCUCUUCUGUACCUUCUUGAAAGCAGAGAGGAUUUCCAACACGUCAAAAUACCUUCCAUUGCCCAAGUGUUGCCAGAUCUUUUCUUCCCAGAGGUUGCCUUAAAUUCAAAACAAGAAGACAAUAAUAUACAGUGGAAAGAGGGUCUUCUCGAGCGAACACGCAGACAGGUGUUUCCACAAGUCCCUAAUUUCUCGCCUCAGUUUUUCCCUGGGGCGUUUCCUCAACCAUUUUUCAGAGCAGGAGUAACACCGAAUUCAGAACAACAGAUCUGGUCUCAACAACAGCCUCUACGUCAACAAUUUCAAAGAAUACGUCGUCCCCCUCUCUUCGUCGAAUGGCACCUUGGCCAGCGCAGAACCGACAUCGCGGCUGAGGAAGAGCUGGCCUACUGGAGAGAGGAUUUCUUGCUCAACGGGCACCACUGGCACUGGCACCUCGUCCACCAACUCGGGCGCCCCUCGGUCAGGAGACACAGGAAAGGCGAGCAGUUUUAUUACAUGCAUCGGAAUAUGGUAGUGAGAUACAACUGGGAACGACUAAGCCUUGGCAUGGAUUUAGUUGAAGCCUACGAGGACCUCAAAACACCCAUUCGAGAAGGCUACUCCCCGAGGUUCAACGGAGGAACAGGGGAGAGGUGGGGAGCUCGAGAACCUAACACGCAGCCUCAGGAUGUCAACCGUGAACUGAACAUCACGCUGAAUCAGAUGGAGGUCUGGAGAACACGGCUGCAGCGAGCCAUUAGGACGAGAACUAUUAUGAGACGUGACGGAAUCGAGAUUGCAAUGCGCGACGUAGACAUCCCAAUGGGCGGCCGACUGGGUAUCGACAUCCUAGGCGAUGCCACGGAAUCCGACUGGUUCACGAGCGACAACUACCAGUUCUAUGGCGACUACCACAACUUCGGCCAUUACAUAAUCAGCGCUACGCAUGAUCCGAAAGGCUUAUUAAACGAACCAUUGGGUAUAAUGUCCGAGCCUGUGACUGCAGUUCGGGAUCCCAUUUUCUUUCGAUGGCACAAACAUAUCGACGACUUGUUUGAAAUGUAUAAAAUCUCCCAGAGGCCUUAUUCGAGGUUCGAGCUGUCCCUCCCUGGCGUGGAACUCGUCAACGCAGGCCUAAUGGAUUCGUCCUCAGAACCCAACGUCUUGCACACCUUCUUCAGAACCUCCGUGUACAAUGCUCGCUUCGGCAUAGACUUUAUGAAAGAAGAGAGUGAUACUGACUACAGGCCUGUUGUUGUGAGGACAAGGCACCUGGACCAUCGCCCUUUCUCGUAUUUGCUUCAGAUCAACAACCAUCUACCAACGAGGAAAAAAGUUGUGGUGCGCAUCUUCAUGGCCCCCAAAGAGGACAGUUGGGGUCAACCUAUGACCUUUUCCCAGCAGCGUCGCCAAUGGGGAGAGAUGGAUGUGUUUGAUGUCGACCUUGUCCCCGGUCUUAACUCGGUCACAAGAUUGUCACGGCAGAGCAGUAUCUUGGGUCGAGAGAGGUUUGCCAGGAGAGGUCAGCCAGGAAGUGACUUCUUCGACUACUUCGGCUGUGGUUGGCCUCCUCACCUGCUGUUACCGAGAGGAACGACGUCUGGUAUGAAAUUCCAGGUCUUCAUAAUGCUUACUGACGCCGACCGGGACCUGAUCAGCACCAGCCGUGUCCCCAGGAACUCCUUCUGCGUGCCCCCUCAGGAGAACUUCCAAGACAGACGGCCCAUGGGAUUUCCCUUAGACCGUAGAAUGAGGAUGGGCAGUACCUUAACCAUCGCGGAAUUGUUCGAGGUCUACCCCAAUGCUCUUGUUGUCGAUGUCGAUGUAAUGCACGUCGAGUGAACGCUGAAGAAACGUCGUGAGGUGGGGGGUGAGGGUGGGAUUUGGGGGAUGUGAGUGUUAGAUAGGCCUAUGGAUAUUUUUUUUUUAAGGUUUAUAGGUCUGUUUUGAUUCGAUUUGCAGGUUUAUGGGUCUAGGAUGAACCUAGGAAUUCGUUGUGAAGGUCUUUGGGUCUGCACGGGACUGUGUAGAUAAAUAAAUAUCUCUUUUAUUGAUGAUGUAAUUCUUUUUAUAGCUUUUUUUUUGUAUAUUAUUAACAUAGUAAAUUUUGAUUGGAUAUUUUUUUGUCAUUUUCUUAAUUAUUUGAUCUUGAUUUGUCUCCUAAUAAUAUACAUUAUGUCGAGUUAUUACUAAGACUGUCAUUGACUUUAUAUAGCCUUGUUCAUUCGUCCAAGGAUUGUUUGUGCAAUAAACUGAAGCAUUUUUAAGUUAAACACC